ACUAAGAGAUUGGUGGCUGGAGCUGAGGUGCCUGAGUCAGACUGGGGGUUGGGAUUAUCUCAGCUGCAGGAAGUAGGACUUGCAUUUCCUCCUUUUCCACGAGAAGGCAGAGGGACAGCAGGGCUGGUGGAGCACAGCGCUGGUGCGGGCAGAACCGAGCUGCACGGGGUGAGGCGGUCCUGCCAUGAGGCUGGUGAUCCUCUUCUUGGGGGCCCUGCUGGGGCUGUUGGCAGCCCAGGGGUCAGGAGAUGACUGUCCCCACAGAAAGUCGGCCACUCUGGUGCCCUCCUUCACGGUGACACCUACAGCUACAGAGAGCACAGCAAGUCCUGGGACAACCGGCCACAGAACUACCCGGAGCCACAGGACCACACGGAGCCACAAGACCACCACGCACAGGACCACCCCCACCACAGGCACCUCCAGCCCCCCAACAACCACGCACAGGACCACCCCCACCACAGGCACCUCCAGCCCCCCAACAACCACGCACAGGACCACCCCCACCACACACACACGCACCUCCAGCCACGCACCCACCACAGCCACUCCCGGUCCUGCCACCACCAGUCAUGGAAACACCACGGCUCAUCCAAGUAACAGCACUGCCACCAGCCCAGGAACCGCCACCAGUUCCUCCCACCCAGGGCCACCUCCCCCCUCCCCGAGUCCUCAUCCGGGCUCCAAGGAGGCAGUAGGAGACUACACGUGGCCUAAUGUUUCCCAGCCCUGCGUCCGGCUCCAAGCCCAGAUUCAGAUCCGGAUCCUGUACCCAACUCAAGAUGGAGGCGAGAUCUGGGGCAUCUCUGUACUGAACCCCAACAAAACCAAGGCCCAGGGGGACUGUGGGGGUGCCCAUCCCCGCCUGCUUCUCUCUUUCCCUUAUGGACAGCUCAGCUUUGGCUUCAAGCAGGAGCCAGCACAGAGCGCCGUCUAUCUGAACUCCAUGGCCGUGGAGUACAAUGUGUCCUUCCCGCGGGCGGCACAGUGGACAUUUUCGGCUCAAAAUUCAUCCCUUGAAGACCUCCAAGCCCCCCUGGGCCAGAGUUUCAGCUGCAGAAACGCGAGCAUUACUCUUUCACCAGCUUUCCACAUCGACCUGCUCUCCCUGAAACUACAGGCCGCACAGCUGCCUCCCAUGGGAGUCUUUGGGCCAAGUUUCUCUUGUCCCGGUGACCGGUCCAUCGCAGUGCCUCUCAUCAUCGGCCUCACCCUCCUCGGUCUCCUCGCCCUGGUGUUUGCUGCCUUUUGCUUCGCCCGGCGGCGCCCAGCCACCUACCAGCCCCUCUGAGCACAUGCUCCAACCCCCAGGAGGUGCCUCGUUUCCUCACCUGCAGCUGAUCUAGAGACAAAGUUCUCCCUCCCUUUCUCUCUUGAACAAUAGAUAAUGCGACCGGGGGGAACGAGGGGAGAGGUUUUCAUUAGAUGUGACAAGUGUCCCCCAAUAGGAGAGUGGUUAAACCUACACAAAUCUUUGUCCUUUUCCUUAUCCUUACAGGGAUUAAAAGUUGUCAGUUUUUUGCUACAUGA